UAUCGGAUGUAUUCUCUCAGCAUUUUUUAUUGAAUAUUUCGCGAAUUCAGAACAUCAUUAACAUAAAUUCAUAAAAUUUCUCAUUAUAUUUGCGUUUUUUGGAGAAGAAAUUCACGAAUCGAGAAUCAACCACUGGAAUGUAAUAAAUAACUGAAUAUUAAUAGAGACCGUUAUACUAUUAAAUACAAUUAACAUUUUUUAUAUACUUCGGCAUAUACGUAAAUAACGACAGAAAAGGAAAUGAUUGAUUAGAGCGAAAAAAUUAAAUAAGCGAUAAAAUAUUUAUGAAGUACUGCGAUAACAACUCAUUAUUAUAAAUAAAAUUCACAAAAAAAAUUAGUCAGUCGCUAAAAUUCGUAUGAUGAUUCAGCUUUAAUUAAAUAAACAAUUGAAGUGUUUCAUACAAAAAAUAUUUUCGAGUGACGAAAAAAAAGUAAAUUAUUACUACUGAAGAAGAGCUCAUUGAGAUAAAAAGUGAGAGUUGGAAAAAUAUUUAUUAAAAAUUUAUAAACCGUCGUUAUUGUUGUUGAUCAACCAACGACUUUGCAUUAUAUAAGAAGAAGAAUAUAAGCGAGCGUGAGCGACAUAAACAUCUGUCUAUGAAGUGCUGCCUGCUCAACUACGAGACAGAUGUCGAAACAGCAGAGAGGAGUGUAAAGUGAAUAUUAAAAAAAAAUUGAACGAAGGAAGAUAUUUUAAUAAUAUUCAAGAAGUUUGACAAUAUAAUUUACUCUCUCUCGCAUCAUCAUCAUCAUCUACUACCAUUUCUCAGCAACUUUUUUUCUUGCUCAUCAGACGUGUUCACUGUGUUCUUUAUUGAGUUUCAUAAAGCAGCAUGACCACAGCAAGUAUCUUGGAUGUUCAAACGUGGCUUGUCUAUCAAAAGAUAUCCAUCGAAUGUGCUGGAUGUUUGUAAAUGUUUUGCCCUGCAAGAGUUAUUAAAGUACCUUUAACUACCUGCCGCACUGAUAAUUUUUGGUUUUUCCAAAAUUUAUUUAUUAUUUGAUACCUAAAUAUUACACUUGUUCUACAACACACACAAUCAUUCACAAUGCAUGACAAAGUUAUGACGGAAAAUGGCUUCAAAGCGAAAGACAUCGGCUUGCGGGCGCAAAAGAAAAUCCUUUCGCGGAUGGCCAGCAAGAACAUGGCAAAAGUCUUCAUUGAUGACACGACAUCUUGUUUGCUGGACAACAUUUAUAAAUUAAUUAAAUUACAGACCAACAACAAAAAAGACGCGGAACGCAUCGUAAAAAAUAUAAUAAAAAUUGUGAUAAAAAUUGCGGUCCUCAACAAAAAUGACCAAUUUGACGCAGAGGAAAAACAACUAGCGAAUAAGUUUUACGACAAAUUCCUGCGCCUUCAGAUGAUCAUCACGUCCUUCCACGAGGUGGAUUACAGUUACGACCAGGCAUUCAUUUUGCCAAAAAUCAAGGAAAUUCAUCAAAUGCUGAAAGAUCUCGUUCGCCGAAAUUUGACGGAUAAAUCUCUCAUGCGCAUCGACGAAGUAUUCGAAUUUUUCCAAAACCCCGAAUUUUUGGACAAACUUUUCACGCAAAAUCCCUCGUAUCGAGAGCUAAUGGACAAAAUUGUCGCUGACAUGAACAAAGCAAAUGAGGGGCUUAAUAUUUAAGCUGUUUUGCCGUUGAAUGUUAAAUGUACAAAAGAAAAGUCAAUUGUCACAAAAUGUACUUAUAGAAAACUAGAACAUCAUAUCAAAAACACAAAAAUUGAAAAAAAAACUCGCGCGAUGAUUUGAUACGUUUCUUGUACUAUCCUGUUUAGUUGUUAGAGCAAAAAAAAUAAACUUAGUGCUAAAAUAAUAAAAAGUUCAUUCAUUUUUAUGGACGGAGGAGCAGGUUGAAUCUUCAUGCGAAAUCCUGAC